UUUCUAGCAUCCACUCCAAUGGCAAUCCCAUUUUAACCCAAAUUUUACUUCAAAAAACUCCUCUCUCUCUCUCUCUCUCUCUCUCUCACUUCCACCCCCGCAAUCCUCCCCACCAGAGAAAUUCCUUCACCAUAGCCUACGAUUUUCAACCAGAUUUCUUCAAAUCACGGUCGAAGAUCCAUCCAUCAAGCUCUUCGGCGAAAUCAGAAGGGAAAUAGUAUAUAAAAAAAUAUACAAGGGAGUCCAAGAGAGUCCCUUCAGUCUCUUUACGCGAUUGAAUUUAUCCGAAUAGGCACCAAGGGAGUUCACGAGUUCCAAUGGGCAAGAUUAGUGGUGAAGAAGGGUGGAUAUCUCUAGGACCAUGGGGAGGAAAAGGUGGUGUAUAUUCAACUUACAAGCCUGACGGGCCUAUAAUGCAGAUAACUAUUCGUUAUCAAGAAGACGUCAAUUCAAUUUCAUUCAAAAGUAAAAGCCGCAAUGGAGUCGUUUUAGGAAGCUCCGUAAAAAUUGGUGGUAACAGUGGUAGUUCGUCUGCAAAGUUCUGCAUUGACAGUUUAGUGGAGCAAUUCUCAUCCAUAAGCCUGACGUACAAAGACAACAAUGGACCUGUGGUAGUCACAUCUCUCUGUUUUAAUACAAAUCUAAGGAAAUAUGGGCCUUUUGGUUCGGGAGGGGGUCACUCUGUGUUCAUUCCAAUAGAAGGUGAAGUCAUCACUGGAUUCCAUGGACGUGGUGGAAGCUACCUUUAUGCAAUUGGUAUAUUUGUGGCACCCAAAGUCGAUAGUUUUCCCAAUUCAGAAAUAAAUGUUAAUAGUUUGCACUCAAUUGAAGACCCAGAUUCUGUGCCAAUCCAGCUCAAGUUGUUAGGUUCGGGUGUGGGGUCCAAACCCAAAACGGUCGAGACUCCAACCAUCAAAUCUAAGUGGUCAUCACGAUUUUUGGUAGCAAACUUGAAGGCCAACUUUUGUGGUUCCAAACCGAAAACGCUUGAGAACAUCAUCAUCCACAAUGCUGCUUCAAGCAGUGCAACCACCAACAAAGACGACCACCGCGGUGGUGCUCUUUCUCCAUCUUCUAAGAUGAUCCGCAUGAAUCUCGACCUCAUGGAUUCGGCGUUCAAUAAUCUCAACCUUGUGGAUUCGGCAUUCCAGAAGUACAAAACCCAUAUGGAUAUAGAAAUCAGCGAGGCCCGUGAGAAAUUGAAGGAGCUACAAAGAUUAGGGAGCAGGGUAAACGACAUUGACAAACUCGGAAAGGCCAUAGCGAAGCUGAAGUUCCAGAUCCCUUUGGCCACCAAGAAAGACGAUCACCACGAUGGAGCUCUUUCCCCCACUUCUAAAAUGAUCCAUAGUGAUCUCAACCUUCUGGAUACGGCCUUCGCAGAGGCAGAGGAGUCGGCGCACCAUAUAAAAGGGAAUAUCAACCAAGCCCAUGAGAAAUUCAAGGAGUUACAAACAUUACCGAGUAGUGAGAGACACUCUUACAAACUACAAAAGUCCGACCUUGACAAAAAAGAACUACAAAAGACUAUCGCAAAGCUGAAAGUCCAGAUCCGUUCGCAUAAUAAAAUCCGUUCUGCCGAUUCCAAGCCACAUCAUAAGAAUUGGGAUAAUAUAAACGAGGACGAGGAUGGAAUGACACACUUCUUCCACAAGGAGCCAGAGGUUGCGCACACUGGUGAUUUUGAUGGCCUAUUGAAAGAUUUCCACGACCUUCCCGAGCCAUUGCGGCGUUGUUUGUCAUGUUUCUUCAAGUUCCCACCAAUGGCAACCAUAAAGAGAACAUCGAUGAUUUACCUGUGGAUAGGGCAGGGAUAUAUUUCUGACUAUCUCCAUUCUGGAGGGUGCGUUUGGGACGACGAUGUUGAAGUGCUUGCUGGCAAGAUUUUUGAUGACCUUAUUGCAAAGGGCUUCAUCGAGCCUAUCUACCAAAAUUGCUCCUUGGUGCCAGACGAAUGCAAGAUGAGCCUUUCUGUACGUUCUUCUUUAUACGAAGAAGCUAAAGAUAGAGGAUUUAUUUCAAAUGGCACUAGUCUUGAUUUGGAUCAUGAAUCUGGCGUUCAAAUUAGGCAAACAUCAUGUCUGAUCAAUGUUGGUGAGGCCAUUGUUAAUUUCCAGCCUGAAAUAUUAGAGAAUAUGAAGCAUAUUCAAAGUCUUUAUCUGGGAAGGUGGCAGAGCUCAGCUACGCACCACAUUGAACUAGCAGACGCCAAAAUUCCCCAUGGAAUGAAUAAGCUAAAUAGCUUAACUUUUCUUAGCCUUCGAGGAAUUUCUAUGAUUAUGGAGCUUCCCACAUUCAUUUCAGAGCUCAAUAAUUUGAUGAUCUUAGAUCUCCGAGCUUGUCAUAAUCUUGAGGUGAUUCCUACCGACAUUGGUUCGCUCAAGAGUUUGACACAUUUGGACAUGUCCGAGUGUUACUUUUUAGAACAAAUGCCCAAGAGUCUUGCUCAAUUAUCAAACCUCCAAGUCCUUAAGGGGUUCUUGAUUGGAGAUUUCGAUAGCAAACAAUCAUGUACUCUGCGUGAUUUGUCAGGACUGCCGAAGUUGAGAAAACUUAACAUCUACAUAAGUGUGAAAGACUUUGUCAAACUGCAGGACUUGACGUAUUUAGAAAGAUUUGAAAGCCUGAAAAAGCUGACAAUAUCAUGGGGAGGAUGCUCCUUACAAGCUCGAGAAGAAGACAUCGCAAAAGCAUUUGGCGUUGCUACACUUCCUCCCAGGCUGCAAAAGCUAGACCUUCAGUGUUUCCCUAUGACGAGUCUAACCAAUUGGCUGAUGCCUGGCAAACUCAAGGAACUGAAGAAACUCUACAUUAGAGGAGGGCAACUACGUGAUCUAGGUGAAAUUCAGAAACAUCAAGCAGAGCGGUUGACCGUGGAGAUAUUGCAGUUGAAGUACUUGAGCAAAUUAGAGUUAUAUUGGAAAGAAUUGAGGACAUUAUUUCCCAAGUUAAUUUACUUGCACCAAGUAGAAUGCCCCAACCUUUUUAACUUCCAUUGUGAUGAGAGGGGCAUGUGGGUGGACCAUAAGGCCAUUGAUACUCACGUGCAGCUGCAGAAAUAUCUCAGAACCUGUGGCGCGAUCAGCUCAAGUUCUAUGGUUGGCUCUGGUUCAACCUCAACUCAGGAUAAUUGUAACAUUUGUCCAGUAGAUGAGAACCAACUUUAGUUAGUUAGGUUAACUGCAAGCUUAAAGUGCUUGGCUAUGAGAUAAGAUCAGUUAAGGGAGAGUUAAAUCGUUGCUGUAACUUACUCCUCGUGGAGCCUUCUUAAUCUUAAGCAAAGUAAGUUCUCCCAUGGUAUUUACCUAAAAAAAAGUUCUCCCAUGGCUUCUUUGUCUUGUAUUCUCUUUCAUGUUCUUACUCUCUGUAACUUAGAAUAUUUUACGAAUAACAAUUGAUAUCUAGAAAUAUUUACUCAUUAUGGAG